GACUUGCAAUAAACCCCCAAAUUCUCUUGGCCGACAAAUUUAAUCAUCAAUCGCCGGCAGCAAAACCCGAUCGCCGUCGUCCUCAUUCCUCCUGAUCCCGCCAGGUCUAAUAGAGUACACGGCUUUUGGCUUUCGGUAUGGAUGCUAAACAAAGAAGUAAAGUAUAUGAGAAUUUAGGUAGUUUUGCAAGGAAAUGUGUUUUUUGCAUUCUUUCUGUAGCUGCAUUACCUAAUCACAUUGCUUUUAUUAUGGAUGGUAAUAGAAGAUACUCUAAGCAGCAUAAUUUGAUUGAUGGUGGGGGACACAGGGUUGGAUUUUCUUCAUUAAUGUCAAUGCUUAGAUAUUGUUAUGAGUUGGGGGUAAAGUAUGUGACGAUUUAUGCGUUUAGCAUAGAAAAUUUUAAAAGAAGUCCUGAAGAAGUGCAAUCUUUAAUGGACUUGAUGGAGGAAAAGAUCAAAGGGUUGGUAAAAGAAGAGAGUUUGGUUAACCAGUAUGGAGUUCGGGUUUACUUUAUUGGAAACCUUGAAUUAUUAAGCCAACCUGUAAGGUUGGCUGCAGAAAGGGCUAUGGAUGCAACUGCAAAGAACUCAAAAGCUGUUCUUUCAAUAUGUAUUGCAUAUACUUCCAGUGAUGAGAUUUUGCAUGCUGUUCAAGAAUCUUGUGAUGAAAAAUGGGAUGAUAAUAAAGUAUCGAGUGAUACAAAACAGGAAAAGAAUAUCAUUGAUGUGUUAGAUAUUGAAAGGCAUAUGUACAUGUCAGUCGUACCUGACCCUGAUAUUAUAAUCCGUACAUCUGGUGAGACCCGUUUGAGCAAUUUUCUUUUGUGGCAGAGCACUAACUGUCUCUUGUAUUCACCAUCUGUUUUGUGGCCUGAGAUUGGUUUCCGGCACCUGGUUCGGGCAAUCUUGGACUUCCAGUAUCAUUUAUAUUAUUUAAGCAAACAGAAGCAGACAUGAACUGAAGUACAGAUUGAAUGGUUUUCUAGGAUUACUUCCUAGUGGCAGUUGUUCUUUAACUUAUGUGUCUUGUUGUAUUUUAGUUUAAAUAUUGAUUCUGAACAAGGGUUGAGAUGAUUAUAGUAGCGAUCUGGGCAUCAGUUAGGAUCAUAUGUCAAUGUAUACACUUCUAAUGGGGAUUAAAUUAUUCAUAUCUUCUUUUUA